AUGGCAUCGAGUACAUCUAUCACCUCGAAAGCCCAUGUACAAGUCUGCGCAUCUUUCAACAAUGGGUUACCGUGCGAAUAUCUUAUGGACAUCGUUUUCGAGCAAGAUGCAUUCCACUGCAAGCUUGGCACACCUGCACGAUUGAUUAAUCCUGAUAAAAAGGUAUACGUCUACCUCGUGCUCGACGCCAGCCACGUCAAAGCGAUGUGCCUCGACGACACUAAGAUCCCGACCGAUGUUACCGACGUCUUUGUCAAACAAGCGCGAUGUGCAUCAUCAGCCGAUGUCGUGAGCUUAAACCUCACUCUGAGCCGACACGCACCUGUUGUCUGUCCGAAUGCCGCAUUGCAGAAGAGAAAGUCCACGUGCAAUGCUAUAGAUACAUUGCUACAAUUCGGCCAAUGCGAGACGUUCAGAGUCUACGUGCCUCGCAGAUAUAUCAACGUUGAACGCUUCUCCAGGCUCUGUGAGGCACUAGCGGCAGAUACCUUAAGGCCUGCCCCCGAGGGGGUUCUCCAGACUCUGUACGCUGGUACUGGCUGUAGAAUUGUGACACAACUUGUCGAAGUGUGGCCUCGGGAGCCAUAUGAGAGUCCACCUCCAUAUGACCCUUCGACAGUGCUCGGGGCUAGCAACGACAAUGCAUCAAGUCAACCCGACCUUCAGAACUCAAAUAACACCCAAGCACGAAAACGGGUAUUGGCAUCUCCUGAGCUGUACCAAGCCCCUGCAAAACGUCGGCUGUCAGAAAAAGCAGCUCCCGAGCCCUGGGAAUUGGCGAUCGCGGCUCUGGGAAUGGAACUGGCGACGUUACGCGAAGAGGUGCAGCAGCUUCGCCGCGGGCCCAUGAUCGAUGCCGGGACACAGACUGAGCCUCUUGUCGAAGCUGAACCCCAAUCCUCACCAACCUUUGAUCCCUGCAACGUGUCGCCUAGUCAGGCCAGCACAGUAGAGAAUAGUAUCGAAGAACGCCUUGUCAUGGUAGAAGAUGCCAUCGUUGACGAGCAAAAGAGGCGGACUAUGCUCGAACACAAAGUCAACAACAACGAUGAGCAACGGACUUUACUCGAGAACAAAGUCGACAAGAACAACGAGCAGCUUAAACAACAACUUGAUCUGGAUGUCGUUGCUCUACAAGACUCCCUCGAUGAAGUCGGGACUCGAGUUGACUGCAAUCGACAAGAAUGCCACGAGAAUCUUGACGAAGAAGCUACGUUACUACAGAUCAAGCUGGAGGAACACAUUGAUCAACGACUUGCUGAUGUGGAGGAAUCUGUCAAGCAGGACGUUAGGAUGGCGGUGGAAGAUGCAACAUAUACAGUCACUGUGCAGCCGUCAUGGGGUGAAUAG